AUCAAAGAAGCGAGGCGUUCUGAUGCGGUGUCUCCCGGGCCAAAGUCUAAGCUAUUAGAAUCGGUCAGCUGGCCCGAUGCCGCAAAAAUAAAGGUAAGAACGAUGAUGUUGAAAAUUAUGCUACCGUACGUUAGUGAUGCCGUUCAGGAUGCGGAAAUGAGCGGCACUCAGGAAAAAAUUAUUAUCGGAGCGGCCAGUAAAGGCAUCAUUGAGCGCGAAUUUCAGCACAACGCUCAGAUAUUCCAUCAGCUAUAUCAGCCAAACCCGUUCGCCAGUACGACGGACGACGAAAUCAAGGAGUACAUGAAACAAGUUGGUCAAAAGCCGUCAGGAGCUGAAACCGCCGAAGGUGGCCGCAUCGAAUCCGUGUCGCUAAUGCAGGCAGCUCGAGAACAUCACGCUCCGGCGGAACUUGACGAAAGCCCCGUGGGUUACGUUUCGAUUUAA